UAUUAUAUGUUUAAAUAUUUAGUUGAACAUGGAGCAAAUAUGAAUGCUACAACUGACGAAAACUGUACAACUUUAUCUUUGGCUGCUGAAAAUGGUAACGUGGAGAUGGCCAAAUAUCUUGUCGAACACGGAGCUGAUGUUAAUUCUAGAGACAAAGAUAAUCACACACCACUUUACUGGGCAUCUCAACAUUAUUUACCAUAUGUACAUUUGAAAUUGGUUGAGUUGUUAAUCACUCAUGGUGCAAACGUAAAUGCCGAAGAUAAUCGUAAAUGGACGCCACUCCAUAAGGCUGCUCGAAGUGGCAUAUUUGAAAUUUUCAAAUAUUUAGUUGAACAUGGAGCAAAUAUAAAUGCUACAACUGACGAAAACCAUACAACUCUGUUUAUGGCUGUUGCAAGUGGUAACAUGGAGAUUGUCAGAUAUCUUGUCGAACAUGGAGCUGAUGUGAAUUCUAGAGACAAAGAUAAUCACACACCACUUUACUGGGCAUCUCAACUUUAUUUACCAUAUGAAAACGUUAUACAAAUAAAACGGUUCUUGAUUUAUCAUGGAGCAGUUGAAAAUGCGGAAGAAAUAUAAAAUAAAACACCUCAUGACAUCGAUGACGGGAAAUUAAAACCGGAGUUGAUGUUGCCACGAGUCAAAAGUUGUAAAAUUGUUAAAAGAAUCAUAGAGUCAACAGACACUUUCAUCCUAAAAAUCGAAACUAAAUCAAACGCAAACUGAAUAACUUUGAAAUCGAUAGCAAAAUAAAUCAUCAAACUUCAAUAUUCGCAGCCAUACAUAGUUCCGAUAUUGAUGCACCUUCGAAU